AACGGGCCCUCCCAGUUUGGUGCAAACCGGACGUCACGCCAACUCAGACGGCACGCAGGUCAGGGUUGUGGCAGAUUGUCCUCCUCUCGUAAUCUCAUGAGAACCUAACUUGCUCGAAACUCUCCUUAAUUCAAGGGGACGCCACUGAGCCAUUUUGUUACGGUUUUUCGUAAUGUCGCAAGAUUAUCGAAAUUUACGCCAAGUCGCAUGUACGGGCAAAAUUUGGUCAGUUUUCGUGCCUGUUCAGGCCUCCAAAUAUAAACUACUAUAAAUCGAUAAAAAUUUCACAUUCGAUCCAAAAUACCCGAUUUCCUGUUAGAUUUGGAAUAUGGGUGCAGCGACUUUUUGGAGCAGUUUUGCGUAAGGUAACGACUCCCCAAAUUUCAUUGCUCCAUGAUGAAAAAACCUAAUAGGAGAGGCCUUUUUUUAAAACCCCUGUCACCACUACUUCACGCUGUAGGGUUGACGCAAAUGACCCCUACAGGACCUGUCAGAGUAUGACUCAACAAGCACAGGAAGUUUGGCCCAGAAAUGUUGUAUAUCUGCCGAGUUAUGACUUAAAAAAUUUUGGGUGAGACAAAAUGUUGACAUUCAUUUUCGCUUUCCUGCUGGACCCUUCUGCUUCAACCAAACCUCAAUAUCUUUCAUCAGGCACCUGAACACAUGUCUUAAUCUCCCCUGAUGUAGGUUUGAAGUCAAUAGAUUUUUUUUCCCUUGGAGGAGGAGCCUGUCUCGUUUAAAAAAAAAAAAAAAAAAACAUUUCCUGUUCCCACUCGGGGGUGCUAGUCCUAAUGGGUAAUAUUUCAAUGCACUUGUGUUAAGGAUGGGAUACCGCAUAUAUAUGAGCGUUGUGUCAAGGAGCUAUCAGUCAUUUACUGAAUGUCAUUUUGCCCAAAAAAAUGGCCGACUUUGGCACCACCACGCCCAGGUCAGACCCAUGAAUGAAAACACACCGUUUUAAAAACUUAAGAUCUCAUGUCUCCUGAACAGUCUCACUGAUUUUGAAGACGAUCCAACUAGCUCCCUCAGCGAAAAGGUCUCAAAUCUGCACCCUGUAAAUUGAUAAAAACUUGACAUUUGAUCCAAAAUAUUGUUGCAAAAUUAUUGAAAUUUAAAUUUUGCCGCAAGUAUGUGCAAAUUUUGGUGAGUUUUUGAGCAUGUUCAAGCCUCCAAAUUGACUGUUUUCAUUUGCCGAGAAUUUAUUUAUUUAUUUUUUUUAAUCCUUUGCAGAACAAUAGGGCCUUUGCACGCUUAGUGCUCGGGCCCAAAUGACUAGUGAGUUCAUAACUUUCAAUUUGAAUUGAAGGGGGGAAAAAAGUCUAAAAUGGCACAUUUGCAUCACGUUUGUUUUCAUGUCUACGUCCUACAUGUAUUUUCUAUAUCAUUUAGUGCCGAGGACAGCGAACAGACUUAUCUCGACUGAACAGCGCUUUUUUACCGAGCCUUGCGUCGGGCUGUUUUAUCUGCUCCUGACAUGCUUCCUCUCACUGGGUGAGUGUCACUUCUUCCUUCUUCUCAUCCUUACCGAAUCUCCCAGGGCCUCGCUCACUUUCUCCGGAUGCCAGCAGCUUGAAGUGAUGGAACAGAACAUUGUCACACACCAACCCUCUCUGUCAGGGUCCAUGUUCCAGGAGAAGGACGACAGUGGCUUCACCAUCGGACAUGACAUGAACUGGAGGUUGAAUAACAUACCUUACGCGAGCUCAGUUGCACUGACUCAACCCGGCACGGGAGUCACAAGGACCACGGUCACCACCAUCACGCAAACAGGAGGCGACUGGAGCAGCGGACUCUUUGACAUCUUUAAAGACAAGUUCACAUGCAUUGUUGGUGCUUUGGCGCCGUGCUGUUUGGACCUGAAUCUUGCUCACCAGUAUGGUGAGAGCCUUUGUUUUCCUUUCCUGCCGGGGUCCACCUUUGCGAUGCGGGUUGCACUCAGGGAGAGGUACAAGAUAAAAGGGAACAUGUGUGACGACUGGAGUGCCGUGUGUUGCUGUUACUCCCUAGCCGUGUGUCAGAUGGUAUGAGAGAUGAAGCGGCGCACUGUGACUCGGACGUAUCAAGUGUCCACUGCGCUGGCGUGUUCUUAAAUGGAGCCACCGCCAGACCUGACCCCUGAAUGUCUCACGCAAGCAAACUCUCAGCAGUUUUGCUUCAGAUUGUCUGAAGGAAGCCUAAAUUGGCAUCUUUAUUUAGCUUAGCAAAAAUGUUGUCUUUAUCAAAGAUGCUAAUGUUCACCUGAUUACUGUCAAUCAUCAUGAUUGUUUGAUACAUCUCAUGCAUGGAGCUCCACUUUUACACCCUUGGCUAGACAGCCAAAUAAUGAAUGUACUGAAUUAUUAAAGAAAUGUCUCCUUCAGUUUCAAAUGAAAAUUGUACAGUAUUUAACAUAAUGAGUCAAUAUCGCUAUUAGGAGACAUCCCAGUUUCUUCCAACAAAUCAGUUUCCAUUGAACAUUAUUUUCAUCGAGAAAAAUGAACAACACUGAGAUUGAAAUGUUUCAACCUUGCAUGAAUGCAUGAAUUAUCUAUGUAAUGUAACACAUUUCUGCCCACCUCUGUGUACGUACUUGCCAAUGACGGCCAUGUACAGUGAGGAGCAGAAGUAUUUGCACCCCUUGUGAUUGGGAGGGUUGUGGGAGGGGAUCAUGCUCUGCUGCAGUAUUUCACAUCACAUAUUGGAGUUCAUGUUUCCCUCAAUGGAAUGUAACUCUCCAACACCUGCAGCACUCAUGCAGCCCCAGACCAUGACAUUACCACCACCAUGCUUGAAUGUAGGCAUGACAGACUUGCCUUUGUACUCCUCACCUGGUCGCCGCCACACAUGCUCGAGACCAUCGGAACCAAACAAAUUCAUCUUCGUCUCAUCAGAAGGUAGGUCAUGGUUUCAAUAAUCCAUGUGCUUUGUUGACAUGUCUUCAGCAAACUGUUUGCAGGCUUUCUUGUGUACAAUCUUCAGAAGAGGCUUCUUCCUGGGGUGACAGCCGUGCACACCAAUUUGAUGUAGAGUGCGGCUUAUGGUCUGAGCACUAACAGGCUGAGCCCCCCACCUCUUCAAUCUCUGCAGCAAUGCAGACAGCACUCCUGUGACGAUCUUUCAAAGAAAGCAUUCAGAUGUGACGCUCAGCACGUGCGCUCAGCUUCUUUGGACGACCAACCUGAGGACUGUUCUGAGUGGACCCUGCUCUUUUAAAACGCUGGAUGAUUUUAGCUAUUGUGCUGCAGCUCAGGGUGUUGGCAAUCUUUUUGUAGCCUUAGCCACUUUAAUGUAAUUUAAUGUAGCGCAACAAUACGUCUUUGAAGAUCCUCACAGAGUUCUUUGUCAUGUGGUGCCAUGUUGGAACUUUUAGUGACCAGUACGAGAGAGUGUGAGAGCUGCACUACAAAUUUGAACACACCUGCUCCCUAUGCACACCUGGAUCUAGUAUCACUAACGAGUCACAUGACAUUUUGGAGGGAAAGUGACAAGCAGUACUCAAUUUGGACAUUUAGGGAUGUUGUUUCUAAGUGGUGUACUCACUUUUGUUGCCAGGGGUUUAGAUAUUAACGGCUAUAUUUUGAGUUAUUUUGAGGGGAAAAUAGAUUAACUCUAUGAUAUAAGCUGCACACAGAAUACUUUUCAUGGUGUCAAAGUGUCAUUUUGUCAGUGUUGUCCCAUGAAAUGAUAUACUUAACAAUCUGCAGAAAUGCGAGGGGUGUACUCACUUUUGUGAUACACUGUAUAUAUACCGUAUUGGCCUGAAUAUAAGACGGCCCUGAUUAUAAGACGACCCCCUCUUUUUCAAGACUCAAGUUUGAAAAAAGACUUUUUGAACACCAAAUUAAUUUUUAUACAGAAAAUAAUUACAGUACUUCCGGGGGAAAAAAUGAUUAUAACAAUAUAUUUGAGAGAAAAAGCAUGUUAUUUUGCCUCAUUCAAAUCUUAAUAUCUGAACAUUUAAAUAUGUAAACUAAAGUGCAAUGACAUCCUUAAACGAAUGGCUUCUGGUUUUGGAAAUGUAAAUAAACCAAUCUAUUGUGAUUAAAACAACAAAACUGCAAUAACUGCAUUAACCAUCAAAGGGAAGUCUAACUGUAACUGUAGUUUUGAAACAAAUCUGAAUAAGGAAAACUGGUUAAACUUGAGAGUAGCUGAGAUCUGUAAUGACACAACAUUGCUUCAAGGAUAUCUGGCGCCAUCUAGUGUCGUGAAUGGGUAUAAUGUCUAGACCGCGAAUAUAAGACGACCCCCUCUUUUUCAGUGUUAUUUCAAUGCAAAAAACACCGUUUUAUAUUCGGGCCAAUACAGUACUUUGAAAUCUUUGUGCGUAGUACCACCAAAACAAAAUAUUUAUUGUUAAUUUUUUCCAAUUGGGUUCACCGGCUUUACAUUCGACACUGUGACAUCAUUUGAAUAUGUGCGACUCGAAAGACUUUUGAAAG